AUGUCCUCUGCAGUUAAUUUACUUAUCAGCAACUAUAUUGACGAAACUUUCCAGACAAGAUCCAAGGAAUUGAAGAAAAAAGAAAAUAAGCGAAUUUCUGAAUCAGGCAAAAAAGACUUACGUGGAAGAGUGGAGAAGCCUAGAAGAUCUUCAGAAACCAAAGGAAGGGAAUAUUUGCCAUCUCAUGAAAAUUUGAACCAGUUGGAAAAUCUUUGAAUAUGAGGACCAGCUAGCGCAGGAAAAAGCUGCUGGGUUAAAGAAAGGCAUGGGCACGUUUAUUCAAAAAUGGUCAAUACCAUAAAUAUAUGUUUUCUUUGAAAAGUUCAAAUAAAAAAAUAA